AUGAAGCACAACAACCUCCAUUCCUAUUCCCCUCUUGCUAUCGCCCGAGUCACCUUCCUGGCUCUCUUGCCUCUCCUGCACCAUGCCUCGGCAGACGACUGCCAGCCCUGGACCUGGACAUGGGACGCCGCUCGGAAGGUCGACGCUGCUGCUGCCCCCUCCCGCGCGGCAGUGAAGCCCUACGUGCGGGCGGCGACCGUGAACCCCGGCGAUAUCAACUGCCGCAGCUGGGCGCAGACCUACGACAACGUCGGCUACUGGUCCUGCAGCCAGCUGGCCGACGACUUUGGCAUCACCCUGGACAAGUUCUGGAUGCUGAACCCGACGCUGGCCCCGGACUGCGAGGGCAUCCAGCCGAAUACCGAGUAUUGCGUGGACGGGUUCAUAGAACCCCUCCGCUCCACAGACGGCUUCUGCGGGCCAGACCACAAGAAUGCGACCUGUAUCGGGUCGGAUUUUGGACAGUGCUGCAACGCCGCGACUUGGAAGUGCGGCCAGACCGAAGACGACUGUUCCCCCGGUAUCUGCUGGGAGGGCCAGUGCCCCGGCCACACCAUCUACACGACCGACGGAAACUGCGGCUACGCAUACGGCUUCGCGCUGUGCGCCGGCAAGUGGGGAGACUGCUGCAGCCUGGACGGGGGCAAGUGCGGCACCGGCGACGCCUUCUGUGGGCCGGGGAACUGCCAGUCGGGGAAUUGCACGACAACCACGACAACCACGACAACCACGAUAACCUCCAGCGGGGCCAGUACUAGCGCCCAGACGAAUGGCACUGGGGCUGCUACAGCAGCUACACGAGUAGUGCAGUGA